UCCACGUUUCAAUCACGUGUCAGUCCCUGUGGAGGGCGGCUUUGGUUCACGCGACCUCUCUCACUUCAUCGCCAAUUUGCUGUUGACUGUUGAGGUGGUGGAGUUUGAGUCGCAACUCAGAGGACGGAAUUCAAACGUUGAACUAAAGUUAUUAUGGCGACUUCACCCUCACUGCCAUCAAGUGAACGGGUCCUAUUCUGUAGAAUUAUAUGCAAAGGAAACUUCUCCAAGUAGGCCUCCUUUCAAGUGCACUAUCAAAAGGAUGGAUCGCGCACCUCAAGUGUAGGAAUCUCCAUCUCCUCGAGCGCAGAACACCACCUUUGUUAUUUCCUGAAGUUCCUAUGUCAAAUCAAGAGGGAAAUUGGUCAGAAUCUUAUUGAAAAUUAAGGUUAACCUUGAGACAGCUGUAGAUUUAUCUCCCUAUCCACACACCAGAGGAAGACGCUACAAUACACAGUAGACACUUUUCAAAUCUCUGCUGCUGCUUCACAGCCCACCUUUCACCAUGCUAUCUAAAGAGCACAACAGCGAGCCCAAGGUUGCCAAGGUUAACCUGUUCAGGAGAAGUAAUACCUGUAUGAAGACCGAGGAUGAGAAGAAAGGGAAGGAGAUCCAAUAUGAAGACCCCCCGGACGGUGGCUGGGGCUGGAUGGUCGUACUUCACUGCUUCCUGGUGAAUGUGCUGGUGAUGGGGACCCUAAAAAGCUUUGGGAUCUUCUUCGUGGCGUUCCAGGAUGAGUUCGGAGGGUCAGCAGAGAGUAUCAGCUGGAUCGGCUCCAUCAUGUCUAGCCUGCGGCUCUCAGGAGGUCCCUUGGCCUCUGUAGCUUGUGCGAAGUUGGGUAACAGAGUGACCUCUAUAGCCGGGGCUGUGCUGGUCAGUGUUGGCUUCCUCCUGAGUAUCUUUGCCACCAGCGUGGUAUUCCUCUAUAUCAGCAUGGGGCUGAUUGUAGGCCUUGGUUUUGCGCUCCUGUACCAAGCCACCUCAGUUGUCACGGCAACAUAUUUCCGUAAGAGGUUAGCGACGGCAUACUCCAUCGGAAGGUCUGGGAUGGGCUUGACCUUCGCCCUCGCCCCCUUCACUCAGCUGCUGCUGGAAAAGUAUGCCUGGCAAGGAGCUCUGCUGAUCCUGGGAGGCCUGAUGUUGAACCUGGUGGCCUCUGGGAUGCUGCUAAGACCCAUCCACGUGAAGCCUGCACCACCCCCUUCCUCAUCCUCAUCGUCAUUCAUCCAAAAAAGCCCUCUGAUAGGUCCAGAGAAGGAAAAGAACUGCCCUCAGAAUGGAUGCUGUCUUAACGGAUCCACGCCGUUAACCAAUGGCAUCGCCAAAUCAGACUCUUCCCGUUCCAUUCCUCCACCCCUCCACUGGGAAGCUGAGACCCAAGAGAAGGCCACGACCCAUGGGCUGGGUCAGAGCAACCACAGCCACCCACCUCCACCAAACCCUGAACUGACCAAACGUGUCCAGAACAGGCAGGUGAACGGGAACGUUCAGGAGCAGUCCCCCACCACGCCACUCACAGACACCCCCAGCCCUGUGGAACAGAACGGUACCAUUAGCAUAAACGGUUCCGCUGUGGUUGGGUUCUCCUCGCCGAACGGCACCACCACCGUGGACGACCCUAUCCCACCGUUCGUGAAAAACAGAGUCCUGGACUUCUCCCUGUUAAAGAACCCCUUCUUCUGCAUCUAUACCUGGUCCCUGGUGUUUAGCCAGCUGGCUUACUUCAUCCCUUACUUCCACCUGUCUGCCCGGGCCAGGAACCUGGGUAUCGACGCCAUGGACGCUUCCUUCAUCAUCUCUGUGGCAGGUAUCACAGAGACUAUAGCCCAGCUUGGCUCUGGUUGGCUAGCGGAUAAGAACCUGUUCCAUAAGUACCACUACCACAAGGCCUACCUGAUCCUGUGUGGAGUGGUCAACCUGUUUGCCCCGCUGGCUAACACCUACAUCCUGCUCAUGGUUUACGCUGUCUUCUUUGCCAUCUUCUGCGGCGGCUACAUGGCACUGCUACUGCCUGUCCUGGUGGACCUGGUAGGACAAGAAAAACUCAACAACUCCAUGGGAUUCUCUAUGUUCUUCGUAGGCCUUGGCUGUCUGACAGGACCUCCUCUCGCAGGUUUCCUGUAUGACUACACCCAGACCUACGACUGCUCCUUCUACCUGGCGGGGGGGUGUUACCUGCUGUCCUCUUUGUCUCUCUUCCUGGAGCCCGUGGCGAGGAGGUGGCAGAGCAGGAGGAAGAGACGCGAGGCCCAGAACGCAGACACCAGCUGGAAAACCAACGGUUGCUUCUGCCCCGAACCAGAGCUCCCUGUCCUGAAGAACAACAACGGCGUUGUCUAGAUGGUGGUUUCACCACAGCUUUCACAUUUGGUUCCUUGGAAUGUUCUGAGAAUAUUAUAUGCAAAAAUAACCAUAGGGCAAUCACCAUGCCUUAACAAUCACUACGGUCCUUAGAACGAUUUGAUCUAGCUGGGACAUUAUCGGACUCCCCAACUCUACUUCAUCAAGCCUGGAAUCAAGGCUAUCUAGAUGGAGGGAGGGCAGGGUUGGCUUCCUGCUCUUAAUAAAUGCUAGACGCUUGACGAUUAUCCAAAGUGACUUAUAGUACAGGGAGUACAGACAUUUUUAGUAUUUGGGAUCCUAGCUGCAAUCGAACCCGCGACCUGUGCUAGAGCCAUUGCUCUUAUUAACUGAGCCACACAGAACUGUGUAAGAGGGAAGAAGGGCAGAGUUGGCUGCUUCCACCCUUUAUCUCACUCUCCUUAAUAAAACAAGCAUGGACCUCCAUGUGCCGACUGUGCCAGUUGGACCUCCAUGUGCCGACUGUGCCAGUUGGACCUAAGUUACCCAGCUUUUGGAUGGGCUGAAAUGACCGUGCCCCUUUGGAGAAAGCCAAGGAAUACCCAACUGACUGAC